CGGAAGUUAACGUUUAUUUACUUGCACCCGCUGCGGUACAGACCGACUGCGUUUGGAGGCGAUACAGCUGACACCCCGUGCUACCCCUUCGUCCAAGGACAAGGAUAUUUUGAUCGCACGGCGAAGAUCUGAUGGUGUGUCGGAGCCGCGUACAGAGGGAGGCGACAGAAUACCGUCUAACGGCGCCGAUGGAAUUAAUCGUGGUUAUUAAUCUCGCGCAGAUAACGGGGCAAAAUGCGCGUGUGUGAUGCGGCCGAGUGCUCUCGCUGCAGUAUCCGCGCAGAGGCGCGUGAACCCCCGGCUGCGGGUUGACCGUCGAUCCAGCGUGUUGUUUUGGUGAAUAUGUGUCGAAAUGAAAUGAAAAUGGUGCUGUAAAGAAACAAAGAGGGUGUUUAUAUACAGUUGUAAUAAAGCAUAUCUGUUUAGGGGGUUUGUUUUGUUGAAAUGAGCCAGCGCAGAAUGUCUGCGUCUCUACAGCGCGUAUAAACGGGUCGGAUAGCCGGUGUGGACUGUUGUCUGUGGUCGAUGAUAAGCCGCAGCCGGUUUAUCUGAGAGUCUGUUAUGCUCGUGAUUCAGUGUGCGUCUUUGUGCGUGACGCGCUGAGGAUGGCAUCCGGUGCCGGUGGGGAGGCGGGGGGUGGAGGCCCCGCACCCGUGAAACCGUUCCCGUACUUGUGUGAGGAGUUAACUCAGGGUUUGAAAUCUAAGAGCCUCCCCGCGCUCAGCGGCAGUAAGGCUCCGGAGCAGGACGCGGAAAAGACUCUGCUCUCUGCCCCGACAGAGCGUCGUGAGCUGGAGGGACGCGGCGCUGCUGCGCUCUUGACGCUCCGCUUGCCGCGGCUGCACGUGAGGCGCUAUGUGGACGGGAUCUUGUCGGACUCGCGCUGCUUUCUGUUCUGCAUGUGUUACCUCACCUUCAUCCAGUCUCUGAUGGUGUCCGGCUAUCUCAGCAGUGUCAUUACCACCAUAGAAAAGCGGUACAGUCUGCGGAGCUCAGAGUCGGGUCUUCUGGUCAGCUGUUUUGACAUCGGUAGUCUCCUCGUUGUGGUGUUCAUCAGCUACUUCGGUGGGCGGGGCCAGAGGCCUCGGUGGUUGGCUUUAGGGGGCGUGCUCAUUGCUGUGGGUGCCGCCCUCUUCUCCCUACCUCACUUCAUCUCUCCGCCGUAUCAGCUGGAGGAGCUGAACAGCACAGUAGGAGGAGAGGGGCUCUGUGCCGGCGGGAAUGGCAGUGGGCAGGAGGGGCCAGCACUGUCCAGGUGCCAGCGGGACCGGGAGGAGAGUGAGCACGCCCUCUAUGUGGCGCUGUUCAUCUGCGCUCAGAUCCUCGUGGGAAUGGGAUCGACUCCCAUAUACACCCUUGGGCCAACUUACCUGGAUGACAAUGUGAAGAAAGAGAACGCAUCCCUGUACCUGGCUAUCAUGUAUGUAAUGGGAGCUCUUGGACCAGCUGCUGGGUAUCUGCUGGGUGGGAUUCUGAUCGGAUUCUAUGUCGACCCCGGGACCAUUGUCAAUAUUGAUCAGAGUGACCCACGGUUUGUGGGAAACUGGUGGAGUGGGUUUCUUCUGUGUGCUGUGGCAAUGUUGUUGGUAAUCUUCCCCAUGUUGUCCUUCCCUAAAAAACUUCCUCCACGGCACAAGAAAAGUAAAAGUCGUGUAAAAAAGGGUGCAGGUGAUGUCUCCAGCGUUGACGAAAUGAUGAAGGAAAAGAGCCAGGCUGUCUCAUCCUCCAUGGGUUUUGGCAAAAAUAUCAAAGAUUUGCCAAAAGCAGCAGUGCGUAUAUUGAGUAAUGUGACGUUUUUAUUUGUGAGUUUGUCGUAUACGGCAGAAUGUGCCAUCGUCACAGCCUUCAUCACUUUCAUACCCAAAUUUAUUGAAUCUCAAUUUGGUGUUCCAGCAUCUAAUGCCAGUAUAUACACAGGUCUGAUCAUCGUACCCAGUGCAGGUGUCGGUAUAGUUUUAGGUGGAUACAUCAUUAAGAAACUGAAGCUUGGUGAAAGAGAAGCAGCAAAGCUGGCCAUGAUCUGCAGUGGCGUGUCUUUGCUCUGCUUUUCCACUCUCUUCAUUGUCGGCUGUGAGAGCAUCAACCUCGGUGGAAUCAAUAUCCCUUACACCAACGGGCCGACGCUGACUCUGUCUCACCGAAACCUGACAGGAAGCUGUAAUGUCAACUGUGGCUGCAGGAUUCAUGAGUAUGCGCCUGUCUGUGGCUCUGAUGGCAUCACCUACUUUAACCCAUGUCUGGCUGGCUGCAGCAACAUCGCCAACCAAACCUCAGGAAUCAGAAACUAUUCGGACUGCGCAUGCGUUCAGAGCAGACAGGUGAUCACGCCGUCGGGAGGAAACCAUGAUCUGCAGCUGGUGAUUGUGAAGACAUACCUAAAUGAGAACGGUUAUGCACUGGCAGGAAAGUGUGAGCGCACAUGUGGAACGCUCAUCACCUUCCUCAUCUUUCUCUUCAUCGUCACUCUCAUAACCGCCUGCGCUCAGCCGUCCGUCAUCAUCGUUACGCUCAGGUCAGUGGAGGAAGAGGACAGGCCGUUUGCUCUGGGAAUGCAGUUUGUUCUUCUCAGGACUCUUGCCUACAUCCCCACUCCUAUCUAUUUUGGAGCUGUGAUUGACACCACCUGUAUGCUGUGGCAGCACGAUUGUGGUUUCCAUGGGUCCUGCUGGGAGUACGAUGUCACUUCCCUCCGCUUUGUUUACUUUGGGCUGGCUGCAAGCUUGAAGUUCCUGGGCUUCCUGUUCAUCUUUCUCACCUGGUAUUCACUGAAGCAGCGCGAGGAGCAGACGCACACACACACGCACGCACACACACUUUCCCCGCUAGACACGGUGAGCCACCUCAUCUGUCACGCAGGAGGUCACAAAGGCCAUGCCCGCACACGCUCCUGUCCUGUCUUCCUGCCUCGCCCACCAGAACACUCCCACGCUGCAGUGCCAACUGGACACUCCCUUAGCCGUGGUAACAGCUGCCCUGGCAAUGGCCUGAAAGCAAUAACUCCGCCCAUACGGUCACUUGAAAAAGUUGCGGUGUGAGGACUGGAGCCUGGAGCGCACACACACACGUACUCGCUCAUACACGUGCAUGAAACAUCAUACGAUUAUGACGGCCGAUUAUGUAAAUGGAAACAUACCACAACACUUAUAGCCAUUGCUGGUGCCUUUUUUUUUUAAACACACACACAAACACACUUCAAAUACACAUUAUCACAGGAUUUUUGUGAAACACUGAUUAGUAAUAAAACUUUUUUGACAAUACCUCAGCAUGAUGAAUACCUCUGUUCAUCAUAACAUACCAAUACAAACAUACUCAAACACAUAUAGUCAUCUCAUCUAGUUAUCUAUAGUGUUAGCUGUGCACAUACUCUUUUGCUUCUCCUGUACAGCAGACAGAUACAUGUACUUAUUAACCUCGUUUAUUCAUCCAUUUGUCAACAGUGAAGGGAAAGAGACUGCAAACUUUACUAUGCAAACUCCUCCCAUAGCACUGGCUCCUCCUAAAUCACAUUAGCCCUUCCCCUAAUAAACCUCCAUACCGACCAUUUUUUUCUACACCCAAACUGUAAACUCCUCCCACAGUACUUUUUAAAUUUUUUAGCCAGAAUGCAUUGCUUUUGAUUUCGAUCUUUGAGGCUAUCCUAACCUAUCUUCCAAAUAUAUUGACCACUCCUAGAGUGUAGACUCCUCCCACAGUAUUGACUCAUACAAGUUGUGGCCCUUCCCAAACUUAAAACUCCUCCCCUAAAACAACAAUGUAAGCUCCUCCUUGCGCUCUGACUCCUCCUGAAUAACAUUAGCUCCUCCCAAACUUCAAACCACUCCCUUAAAACAACCUCUCUACCAACAAUAGGUGCGUUCGACUUAAAGCACGGCUACAGUCAGCGGUCAACGAGAGUAGCCGCUUGCAGUCGGGGGUGGAGUUGAAAACAGUCACAUCAAUCUGGACACUUUCUGCUCCCAUAGUGAUAAUCAUGCGCUGUUUGCAUACUUCAUCACAGAUGAAGUGAAUUAAAUGCAAUAUUUGUCAAAUACAAAGAUGUUUCAGAAACAUUUUCAUGAGCAACAGAAAACUUUUUAUAUACUGCUUAAUACAGCGCCAUCUUUUCAAGAAUAAAGUUCAACAUAAUCAUAUAUUAUUUAAAUACCGAGUAGUGGUAUAUAUGCUUCUAUCAAUGUUGUAUGAUAAACGUGACUCAAUGCAACAGUGGGACUACAGUAAAAAAAGCUUUUACAGUUCUGAAAACAGAUUUGUGGCCAUUAUUGGAAUUGAAAAGGUUAGAAUAAACCUGAAACACAUGUGAUCGUUGUCAUGCGGUGAAUCUAACCAAUCGUGAAACAGCUGAGUCAGCCGGCUGCUCUCGAAACGCUCUCGCGGUACUUUGAUGCCAAACGUGACAGUCAUGUGGCGUUGGCGCUGUCUCAAGUUGGACAAAAUUUCUAACUGGCAGAUUGCGAUUGGUCUGCUUUAAACCCCACCCACUGUUUUGACUCCACCUUGUUCCAUUUAUUUUUCAGCUGUUUUAUCUUGUGUGCUGUAUUAUAUGUUUAGCUUGUUAGUCCUACAGUGAUCGUGUUUUUGCAACAGUUGGUGCAGUGCACGCAUCUGUUAGGUUUUCUGUGUCUUCUUCCAUAUCUUCAGAAUUUUGUGCAUCAUAUCAGUAUUCAAAAUGUUUCCUUCAGUUGGUCUUGAUCAUAAACAGACAUCUUAGUAAAUAACAUGCACACAAAUACAACAUGUAUAGGAGACACGUCAUCUCAUGUUCACACAGACAUGUUUAUUCCUGAAAACAUGCUCUCACGUCUCUGUAGAUGGUGUUCUGUUUGUGCUGAAAUUGAGCCAGUAUUAGUGGGGUUGAUGGUAAUGCAACUGUCAACACCAGCUCUGUGCAGAAAUCAGCUUCAUUCCUGAUCACUGCAGGACUUCAGUAGAAACAGAGCAGAAUACACACGAGUACUGAAUUACUGCUGAAGAAACAGUGUUUCAUUUGCCUCUCCCUCUUUUUCCCAUCCUUCCUAUGUUACUGUGCUCUAUUUGCGAACAGAAGACACAUUGAUACAAUUAUUUAUUUUCAAAAAUUUUUGAAGUUAAUUAAAGAUACUUGAAGGUUUGGCUAAUCAUAGGCAAACCUGGAGAAAUUCUUUAUUAACUGUUUUGGUUUACUUGUACAAAUAAAGGAUUUGUGUCAAUAAAAUGAU